AGCCGUCUGGGUUGGAGGGAGGAGGCAGGCGGCGCUUAGAUGUGGCCUUCGAAAGGGAAGGGUGCGGAAAACACGCCCCCCUUCCCCCUUAUUCGGGAGCUUUCCUGGCGCGCCUUUCUCUCCCUUUGGGCUUCCUUUCCAGAGGCGCAGGCGCGUUGCUCAGCUGGAGCCAGAAAAUCAGCCGCUGCUGCAGCUGGGGGAGAUGGAGGCGCGCUGGGCUGAGAGCAGCCGGGCCGGCCGAGGGAGGAGAAGGCUGCUGAAUAUUCAGGAACGCCCGAGGAGCCCCCGCCCUCUUCCGCGGAGCGCCUGGCCACCUGGCAGUGCCUAGGAGCGAGAGGGAGAGCGCGCAAGCCGCCUUCGCCCCUGCGGGGAAGGAGCAGCGCGCAGGGAGCCUGGCUGGCUGCAUCGCCCGGCGCGGGGGAAUGCCUGAAGAGCUACUGCUGUUGCUGGGGGGUCCCGUGCGGACUGCGGAGGGCUUCCUCCUCGGGCGCAGCAGCUUUGGUUGGUUGAAGAAUUCGGCCUCCGCACACCUCCUGUCCCUCCCAGAUGAGCAAUGACCUGAAGGGCCAGGAACAUGAAACGUCCCAGCCUGCAAGGGGACGUGGCCUAAAAAGAAACCUAUAGCUAAGCACCGCUGGAGCCAGCUGUAUCCUUGGCCGGCUGCCUGCUAUGGCCCGCUCCGGCCUCUGGAGCAGCCUCAAGUCCGUGCUGAGGAAGAGCGAGGACCCCUUGUUCUUGAACGACUCCAGUGCCUUUGAUUUCUCCGAUGAGGCCGGAGACGAGGACUACCCCAGGUUCAACAAACUGCGAGUCGUGGUUUCUGAUGAUGCGCUGGAUGGGGCGGUGGACGCUUCGGCCAACGGGGCUCACUUGGGGCCUCAUUUCGACGACUCCUUGCUGGACGGGGAGGCCACCCCUCGGAGAGGCCACCCUGCCCCCAGUGCAGACCCUUGUAACAAUUGUGACAAACAGAGGGAACUGUUGAAGCAAAGGACUGUGAAGAGGCGGCUGAUCCUCGCAGCAAUCCUCUAUCUCCUCUUUAUGACGGGCGAGCUGGUCGGUGGGUACGUUGCCAAUAGCCUCGCCGUCAUGACGGAUGCACUUCACAUGUUAACUGACCUCAGUGGCAUUAUUUUGACCUUGCUCGCUUUAUGGCUGUCUGCAAAAUCACCCACCAAAAGGUUCACCUUUGGAUUCCACCGCUUAGAAGUUUUGUCUGCCAUGUUCAGCGUCUUGCUGAUUUAUAUCCUUAUGGUUUUCCUUUUGUACGAAGCCGUUCAAAGGACCAUCCAUAUGAACUACGAUAUCAACGGGGACAUCAUGCUUAUUACUGCAGCUGUUGGUGUGGCAGUGAAUCUCAUAAUGGGCUUUUUGCUGAACCAGUCAGGUCACCUCCAUUCCCAUGCCCACCCCCCGUCAGCCGUUCCACUGUCCAACUCUUCAGGCCCAGCAUCUGGCCACAGCCACAGCCAUGGCAGCCUGGCAGUGAGAGCUGCAUUCGUACACGCUCUGGGGGACUUGGUGCAAAGCAUCGGUGUGCUUGUAGCGGCGUACAUCAUUCGCUUCAAGCCAGAAUACAAGAUCGCUGAUCCUAUAUGCACAUAUGUGUUCUCAGUACUCGUGGCUUUCACAACACUGCGGAUCAUACGGGACACAGGAAUAAUAAUACUUGAAGGAGUUCCAAGGCAUUUGAAUGUGGAUCACAUUAAAGAAGAGUUAAUGAAAAUUGAAGAUGUGCAUUCAGUGGAAUAUCUGAAUGUUUGGUCUCUGACAGCAGGAAAAACUGUUGCCAUCGCCCAUUUACAACUAGUUCCCAGCGGUUCAUCAAAGUGGGAGGACAUCCAGUCCAAGGCUAGACGAUUACUGCUGAACACUUUUGGAGCGUAUCAAUGUUCUGUCCAGCUUCAGAGCUACAGGCGCGAGGAGAACAAACACUGCAUUAAUUGUCAGAAUUCCAGUGCCUAACUUUCCACACGUUUUUGGGGGUGUGCUGCCUUAUUCUUUUUAUCUUGCAGUCGAAGAUGACCACAGAGCAAUAACGCAAGAUUUACAAGUGGAAUGGGACCUCUUUGAUCCGGCUAAAGAGAACAUUCCGAACUGGAGAAAGAGCUGGGUUUAUACCCCUUUUGAUGGCGUGCUCUCCCCCCUGCCCCAGUCACUGUUUAUUUUGCUAGGGUUUCCAUGCCAAGGUAUUUCCAAAAAAUGUUUACAGAUCACAUGAUGGCUAGCCAGAUACCUCAGUGUACACUUCCAUGUUGCCAAUUGUUAACUGUGUACUGGUAUUCCUGCAUUCCAAAAAAGGGCAUCAGGCACUAGCUACUUGAAUUUAAAAAGAGUUGACAAAGUUGAUCAUGUUGGUGAUCUAUAAAGUUAAAGAUCCCAGAACUGGUUGCGCAGUAUUUUUUCUGUUUUUAAUUAUAAAUCCCAUGUUUUUAAUAUCUUGCCUAAUAAAAAAAAAUACAAUUUGCUGCAGGGCUAUCGGAGUCCUUUUUCCUGUUUUCUGUAUUCACACAAACGUUGAAGAUGUAUUGGAAAACAGCCGUAACCAGUUUUGGAAGUUUUAGCUUUAACUUAUCCAUGAUAAGUUUACCAGUUGUUUAAUUGAAGGCUUAGGGGCUGGACCCACAGCGUUUGAAAGGAUCAGCUGUCUUUCGUAUCUCUAGGCAUAGACUUUAUACCAUAGGAAAAUAUAUAUAUAUAUAUUUAAUUUCUUUGAGUAUUAUAUUGACUUUGAGACAACUCUUACUUCUAAUCUCAAGUCUCUCAACUAGUGUUUUAACCUGCUGCAGAGACCGUUCAGUUGGCAUGGAUCUUAAUAGGAAGCAAGUGUGUUGUAGGAGCCCUCUUCUGAGUGAUUUCCUUCCCUGGAGAAGAAGGGGCUUUAUAGAAACCGUAUUAAGUGCAAGAAUUGAAUCAGUAGAUGUAACGUUAGCUAUUCAGGAGAUGCGAGACUUUGGAUACAUUGCAGUUCUUGGAAAGUAGAAUUGUGAGAAUCGGGUUUCCUUUUCAUCAGUUGUUAAUUUCCAGUUUUUAGAUAUGGCGUUUUGCAUGAUGAUGUCUGAAGUGUGCCGGUGAAAUGUUAGUGAUUUGGUGAGCAAUGCUGCUUCACGUUCAAACAGGGAAGCAUACCCACCAUCAUUAUUUGUUCUUCUGGCAACCAUUUUAGUCAAGAAUAAAAUAACCUUCCUUUCUGACCUGUGUUGAAUGCAGGCCUUUGCAGGCACCAAAUUUACAUUGGUUUCUCUUUAGAACUUGGGCCCAGAGAAGAAGGGAGACAGAGAAAGAAGUGAGACAGAGAUGUUGCACUCAUUUGUAAGCAAAGGCCAACGAAUCAUAGCUUUAAUGCUCAAAAACACACAAACAUAAUACCAGCAUUUGGUCUGCAAUGAUUCUGCUGCAUCUUUCUGAAGAGAACUUUAUCAGUAUGUAUUUGGUGUGAGAAACACAAUAUAAUUUUUGGCUAAUACUGGGAGUUUUGGUCUUCAGCUAUGACAACUGAGGCUAUUUAACCACAACAAUAUUUUCCUCAGAAUGUUUUACUAGUUACAGUUAGGACUGAGCAAACCAAAAGAAAUAGUUUCCUGUGCCCAUAGUCAAUGACAGUAAUGAAGUACCAGCAUUUUAUCAAAGUACCAAUAUUUUUAUUAAGUGAACAAUUUAGAUAAUAAAAUGAGCCACUGUCCAGUUCUCUUGUAUAAUAAUUAUUAUGUUAAAGACCAAUAUUUAUCCCCUGAUAAAUAUUUAUCCCUUGUCUUUUAAAAAUAAAUUUUACAAUAGUCAUUGCAUUAAAUUUAUGUGGAUAUUUUAUUUAAUAAUUUUAAACAACUAUCAAGUUACCUUAUGGAAAAAAUUAUUACCUUCUAUCAUUUCUUCAAGUGAUCCCAAUUGAAAAAUUACUUAGAACAUGGUGAGAAGUGUUACUUCAAUUAAAUUUCUAAAAUGUUCCUUUUCUGGAUUUCUAUGUAGCUUAUAAUUGGAAUUAGCCAAUACUUCUCUCUUGCCCAUCCUAAGAUGAAAUUUCAGUGUUAAUUUGAGUAAAGUGCACUAUGUUGUAUUUUCUUCCAAAACCAAGUAGAAAUCCUACCAAAAUGCUUGCAUUUCCAGUUCAGAGAUGAAGAGCUGGUAUCUUUCUGGAAAUCUGUUGGUUUACUUUCCUACACAACAAUUUAACACAAAGCCAUAUCACAGUUUGUGAGAAAAUAAAUUUGUGUAUCCCUCUUAUACAACCUUUAUGGAAGUCAGGUAUUUUUGCACACUAUGGAUAUUCAUAAUGGAUAUUUCAUUAAGUUGGGGUUUACAGUAUACAAGUUAGAAACUGGGGUAGAUCUGUACUGUUCCUUGGAGGUUUUUUAUUGUAAUUAUUUACUAUAUAUUGUUUAAUUAAGCAGAUGUGUUGCUUACUGUGGAUUUAUUAAAUCACUUAUUAAUAUG